AUGUCACAACCAAAUUUACACGACAACAAAACACUUCAGAUCCUGCGUGCCGCAGAAAAGGGCGGUUACGGCGUCUUAGCUGCAGUCGCCUACAACAUGGAACAUAUCCUAGGAUUCGUUCAAGCCGCUGAGGGAAAACGCUCUCCGCUGAUCAUCCAAUUCUUCCCGUGGGCCAUCAAAUUCUCCAACGGGCUGUUGGUGCAUGCAGCAGCACAAGCAGCAAAAACUGCCUCGGCCCCAAUUGCCGUACAUCUGGACCACUGUCAGGAUGCAGAUCUUGUCAAAGAAGCUGCGGAGCUGCCCUUUGACUCUAUCAUGAUAGACAUGUCGCAUCGUCCCAAGGCGGAGAAUCUGUCGCGGACCGCCGAAUUGGUGCGUUAUUGCCGUCAACGGGGGAUAGCGACUGAGGCUGAACCGGGCAGGAUUGAGGGAGGGGAAGAUGGGCUUUCUAAUACGCUGGAUCUCACUCCACUGCUAACGACUGCUGAGGAAACGGCGGCGUUUGUGAGCGCAGGCAUUGAUAUACUAGCGCCGGCAUUUGGGAAUGUGCAUGGGGAGUAUGGACCCAGGGGCGUGGUAUUGGAUUGGAAUAGACUGGCGCGUAUUCACGACGUUACAUUUGCUGGGGGCGUUAUGCUUGCCCUUCACGGGGUGAACCGGUUUCCAGUAAAUCUCACAAGGAGGCUGGUCGCGUCGGGGAUUAGCAAGAUUAAUGUUAACCGGGACAUUCUCGACGAUUAUUACCGGCACCUACAGGCAAAUGUCGGGAAAUUCCCGUUUACGCAGCUGUUGGAAGAAGGGGUUGAGGUUGUCUCGAGAUCGAUGGCGCAUCAUAUGGAUAUUGUUCUAUCUAGCGGGAAGGCGUAA